UGUGUAGGCCGGUCGUUGGUGCUGCGUAGGGUACGAGCACGGCGGGUGGGGGGUGUUUCCUGUUCUCCCGGCAUCCUCUGCGCGCUCAGUAUUCCUUCCUAUCCCCCUCAUCCUCCUCCUUCUCCCCGCUCGUCCUGUGUCGGUCGGUAAGAUGGCGGCGACAGUGAGUCUGCGACAAGGAGAUCUGGUGUGGGGAAAGCUGGGUCGGUAUCCCCCGUGGCCUGGGAAGAUCGUCAAUCCGCCCAAAGAUUUAAAGAAGCCACGUGGCAAAAAAUGCUUGUUCGUGAAGUUUUUUGGAACUGAAGAUCACGCUUGGAUAAAGGUGGAGCAGCUGAAGCCGUACCAUCCCCACAAGGAAGAGAUGAUCAAAGCCAACAAAGGCAAGCGCUUCCAGCAAGCGGUGGACGCCGUGGAGGAGUACCUCAAGAAAGUAAAGGCAAAACAAGAACAGAAUUCCAGCGAUGACAAAGGCAAAAAGGAAGGCAAAAAAGAGGGCAAAAAGGAAGGCAAAAAAGAAGGCAAAAAAGAGGGCAAAAAAGAGGGCAAAAAGGAAGGCAAAAAAGAAGGUAAAUCUAAGAAGCCAGCCGGAGAAAAGAAGAGGAAGGCCUCAGAUUCUGGCCCUGGUUCAGCUAUAAAAAAAUCCCGCGAACAGAGCCCACGUAAACGCGGAAGACCACCCAAGGAAGAGAAGGGCACCAUAUCUCCCCAGCCAAGCUCCCUGAAGAAGCUGGCAAUGAAGACUGUGUCCCGAUUCAGCUGGCCCCCGCCCACGAGUGAGCGUACUGCGGACGAUCCUCACUUCCGUCACUUCCUGCUCAGCCAGACCGAGAAGGAGGACUCAGCGGGUGACAGCAGUUGGCUUCUACACGGGCACAGGACGCUUGGCACAGAGAUGGUAUUGAAAAAGCCCAGCGUCACAUACCAGGCCAUCAGUAAACGGCUGAAAGUAUCAGAAGAGGACACCGGCUCAACCUCUAUCCAGGCAGCAGACAGCACAGCCAUCAACGGCAACAUCACCCCCACAGACAAGAAGAUCGGAUUUCUCGGUUUGGGCUUAAUGGGCAGCGGCAUAGUAUCAAACCUACUAAAGAAGGGGCACACUGUGACCGUAUGGAACCGGACUGCAGAGAAGGUACAGAACACGUCUGGAGGAAUUUACAGUGAAGUGUGGGAUCAAGAUGAGAACAACAAGCCUGCGAUGGCUGAUAACAGAGAGCAUAUGCAUGACGACCAGCAGUGUGACUUGUUCGUUCAGGAAGGAGCGCAUCUCGGCAGAACACCGGCAGAAGUCGUCUCCACCUGCGACAUCACGUUUGCCUGCGUUGCAGAUCCCAAAGCAGCUAAGGACCUGGUGUUAGGACCCAGUGGGGUACUGCAAGGGAUCCGUCCUGGAAAGUGUUACGUGGACAUGUCUACGGUGGACCCAGAGACUGUGGCUGAAUUAGCACAGGUUAUAGUGUCUCGGGGCGGCCGCUUCCUAGAAGCCCCUGUGGCCGGCAACCAGCAGUUAUCCAAUGAUGGCAUGUUAAUAAUCCUGGCAGCCGGAGACCAAGGCGUCUAUGAAGACUGCAGCAGCUGCUUCCAGGCCAUGGGAAAGACCUCCUUCUUCCUUGGGGAGGUGGGUAAUGCAGCCCGGAUGAUGCUGAUUAUUAACAUGGUCCAGGGCAGCUUCAUGGCCACGAUAGCAGAAGGCAUGACGUUGGCGCAGGUGACCGGUCAGUCCCAACAGACCCUGCUGGACAUCCUGAUCCAGAGCCAGCUAUCCAGUAUUUUCCUGGACCAAAAGUGCCAAAACAUCCUGCAGGGGAACUUCAAACCAGACUUCUAUCUCAAGUACAUCCAGAAGGACCUGAGGCUAGCCAUCGCCCUGGGAGACUCGGUCAACCACCCUACCCCUAUGGCUGCCGCAGCCAAUGAGGUCUACAAAAGAGCGAAAGCAUUGGACCAAUCCGAUAAUGACAUGUCCGCCGUCUACAGGGCCUACAUCCACUAGUUCCUUCAUUUCAUUGUCCAGGAUCCAUCUUUUUCUCCGCCUUGUUUUUAACUCCUCACAGUCCGCCUCUGUGGUUUUUUUUGUUAUUUUUUUCCUUCUUCCAGAUUUAUAUAUUUUUUCUCAUUUUCACCGUUGGCACCAGAGUCUAGUUUUUCGUGAACUGUCGACACGGCUCCUCUCCGGGCAGCGGUGUCGGAUUGGCUCCGGCCCUUGCACUAAUGGCGACAGUUCCUUCACCGUUCUCUCUCCGUAGUGACCUGUUCUUACCAAGUGGAUCCUCCUGGUGCGCAGAACUCUCCCCACCACCCCCCAGUGCAUGCUCAUCUCGAGGACCAUCCACUUCACUGCUGAAGGACAUACGAACGUUGCCCUGUAGACGCGUGUCCUCCAGAUGACUACUUUCUUGGAAGUUGAUUUGCCUACUUGUACAGUGCACAAGAUACUUUUUUUUCUUUUUUUUUUCCCUUUUUGUUAGGAUCCUCCCUAAAUUUCCUUUACCCGUAUCACAUAAGGGUCGGUGGCUCUCUGA